UCAAACUUGUCAAACAGGUGCUAUUGUGACUAUGAUUUCAGAAAUGAGGAAACUGAUGCAUAUGAAGGUAUGUAACCUUGUUUAUAAAAUGACACCACUAGGACUCCCACCAGCCCUGUCCAUAAAGCUUAUGCUAAUAUGCCUUUUCUAGAAGUUUUUGUAAUUAAUUCUUAUAAAAAGAGGAAAGUAAACAUUAAGGCUUCAAACACAAUAUGUGACAGCUUGGGAGCUGGUGGGGUGCCAUUGGAAAGCCGAUGGCCAAGUGGGGUGAGGGCAACGCACACUGGAUCACGGGGGAGCAGACAGACGCCACCAACAUCAACAACUGGCACUGGACAGAGAGGGAUGCUUCAGAUUGCUCCACUGAUAAGCCAAAAACACUGUUCCCGGCAGUGCACCUGCAGAAUGAAGAGGGCAAGUGUGGGGUGACUGAAGUGAGUAAGCUUGAUAGAGAGGCAUCCAUUAACAAUCGCAAAGGCAAAGUUACCUUCUUUUAUGAAUGGAGCAUCAAACUCAACUGGCCAGGAACCUCGAAAUCAGGAGUACAAUACGAGGGACGUGUACAGAUCCCCAAUUUGUCUGAUGAAAACAGUGUGGAUGAAGUGGAGACUGGUGUGAGCCUUUCCAAAGAUGAGCCUGGGCUGGCGCCAUGGCUCACUAGGCUAAUCCUGCACCUGCGGCACCAGCACACCGGGUUCUAGUCCCAGUUGGGGUGCCGGAUUCUGUCCCGGUUGGCCCUCUUCCAGGCCAGCUCUCUGCUGUGGCCCUGGAGUGCAGUGGAGGAUGGCCCAAG